AUGCCUCCUAAGCAAGACAAUGCGAAUCAAAAAUCCCUGGAAAAGGCGAAGCAAAAAAUCUUAGAAGACAAGACCUUUGGGCUUAAAAACAAAAACAAAAGCAAGGCUGUACAAAAACACAUAAAAGGUCUGCAACAACAAAUAACUGGAAAACCUGCACCAGACAGCGCCAAAUGGCAAUCACAAUUGCACAAGGAGAAGGAAGAGAAGAAGAAGCAGGAACAGCAUAAAGCAUUGAUCCAAUCUUUGUUUAGGGACACUAAAGAUAUCAAAAAUUUAUCUAAAAAUGCCGCGAAACAGACAUAUGACCCCAAAAAAAGUCGAAUGGACCAAAAAAUCGACUAUUAUAUUGACCAAAGAUUGCAGAAGCAAUCUGAUUCAUCCAUGAGCACUGAAUUGAGUUUCGAAACUGAUAUUGUCUGCAAGCAUUUUACUGAAGCAAUUAAAUCAAAUAAAUAUGGAUGGUUCUGGGUUUGCCCAAAUGGAGGAGAUGAUUGCAAGUAUCGCCAUUCAUUACCCAAAGAUUAUGUUUUUCCAGACGAGCAAGAGGUGGUGGAAGAGGUUAAUGAGACUCUGGAAGACAAGAUUGACAGGGAACGACAUGAACUAGUGACAAAUGGAGAAUUACUGACCCUCGAUGUUUUCUUGAGAUGGAAAGAGGGUAAAUCAUCUGGCAAAGAUGAUUCCGCAACAAAACUUACCACCGGCAAAGAUCUUUACAUCUUAGAUCCGAGCUUAUUUAUGGAUGAUGACAAGGCCGUGGACGGACUUGGUUACGGCGAAAAUGCCAAUUUUGAUGAAUUUGCUGCAGAGAGUCAAGAUGGUUUAGAUGCAGUGGCCUGUGGGCCAAUAAAUGCCGACUUAUUCACCAGCUUCGAAGGGAUGUCUCUUGAAGAGUAA